AUGACCUGCUCAGACUCUGUCAGACUGGUGGACGGGACUGGUCUGUGUUCAGGCAGACUGGAGGUGAGGUCUGACCAGCGCUGGUCCCCAGUGUGUGAGGAGGACUUGGACCUGCAGGGUGCUCAGGUGGUCUGCAGGGAGCUGGACUGUGGGGCUCCUUCAGUCUUCAAGGGGGGAAUGUUUGGAGGAGUGGAGGCUCCGUUCUGGACUAAGAAGUUCCAGUGUGAAGGCCACGAGUCUGCUCUCCUGGACUGUCCAGACUCAGGGUUGACUGGAAACACCUGUCCAGCUGCUACAGCUGUUGGCCUCACCUGCUCAGGUAGAGCUGGAGCUUUGAUUGACUUCCCUUUGUUGUCCCACUGA